AAAAGCUUCUCACAUGUGACUCCUCCAUCACGGUUGUGGCGACAUGGAAACGAAAGAGUCUGAGGACGAAUCCCGCUACGAGGAAAGCUACAAGAACCAGAGCACUGCACUCAUGAUGAGGAUUCGGAAAUUCAAGAUGAAGGAGGUUCUCACCUGGCAACUGGCCAAGACGCUGGCCAUGGGUCAGGGCCUGGCUGUGCUCAUCUGUGGCACGGCCAUCAGCUCCCAGUAUCUGGCCACCAAAUUUCAUGUGAACACACCCAUGCUGCAGAGCUUGUUGAACUACACCUUACUGUGUGCCACUUACACAACCAUGCUGCUCUGCAGAACAGGGGAUGGCAAUAUUUUUCAGAUUCUGAGGAGCCGAUGGUGGAAGUACCUUCUGCUUGGGCUGGUGGACGUGGAAGCCAACUACGCUGUGGUUAAAGCCUACCAGUACACCACCCUCACCAGCAUACAGCUGUUGGACUGCUUCGUGGUGCCAGUCCUAAUGCUCCUGUCCUGGUGGGUGUUGAAGACGCGCUACAGGCUGGUCCACUAUGUAGCCGUCUGUAUCUGUCUGCUCGGGGUGGGGGCCAUGGUGGGGGCUGACCUGCUGGCAGGAAGAGACCAGGGUUCCACCUCAAACAUCUUGUUAGGUGAUGGAUUGGUGCUGAUCAGUGCUACACUGUACGCUGUGUCAAAUGUGUGUCAGGAAUACACAGUGAAGAACCUGAGCAGAGAGGAGUUCCUGGGCAUGAUCGGUCUGUUCGGCACCGUCAUCAGCACUGUGCAGAUGGUGAUCCUGGAACGUAAUGAAGUUACAAACAUUCAGUGGAGCUGGGAAGUUGGGCUCCUGUUUGCUGCCUUUGCAUUGUGUAUGUACACUCUGUACAGUUGCAUGCCCAUCGUGGUGAGGCUCAGCAGCGCCACCUCCGUCAACCUCUCCCUGCUCACUGCUGACCUCUUCAGCCUUUUCUGUGGAAUCUUCCUCUUCCGCUACCAUUUCUCUGGACUCUACCUGGUGUCACUGGUGGUCAUCCUCAUCGGCUUCAUCACCUACAAUGUUGUGCCAACACCUACAGCCCCCACAGACCCCUCCUCUUCCUCCUCCUCCUCCUCCUCUUCCAUCUGUGAAGAAGGACAGUGUGAUGUGGCAUCUCAGAAUGAAAUGACAAAGCAGGAAUUAGCUGUGAAGAUCACCACUGAGGAGGGGAGAGGUGAUGAAGAGGAGCAGUCAGCUGAUGAAGAGAAGAAGAAUGGGUGGAAAGAAGAGAAGAACAGGAGGUGGAAGAAGAGGAGAGCUACAGGGCCACCACAGCGCCUUGAAGGACAGAACGAUGUUGUUGUUGUUAGACACAGCACUAAAAUGUGAAUAACAGUGCGACAGCCUGUUAAUAUGCCAUGUAUAUACAUUUUUAAACACA